AUGCAGUCGCAGUCUGCCACCAAGGCGUUGCCCCCAUUGGGGGCAUAUCUUUUUCAACAGAAGAGGAUCAGAUUCCCCGACGUGGUCUAUGGCUACAUCAAGUUGCCUUCCAUGCUCAAGAACUUUAUCGACACCCCGGAAUUUCAGCGCUUGAGGAAUCUCUGUCAACUCGGCACGCUCCGAUACAAGUAUCCCAACGCAGUGCACACACGCUACGAACAUUGCGUCGGGACAAGCGGCAACGCGGGAGACUGGAUACGCCACCUCAAGGAAAAAUCUGACGAGGCCCUGCACGAAUUCAGCAUGUUGGCACAGUCGCCCAAUCCUAAUCACGAGUUGCUAGAGUGCCUGCGCGCUCGCAUCGCGCACAUCAACGAGGAAGAUAUCAUGCUGGUGCAGAUUGCGGGACUGUGCCACGAUCUCGGCCAUGGGCCAUUCUCUCAUUGCUUUGAGCAUCUCGUCAAUGGCCUCGGGAUAGAAUGGCACCACGAGGACAUAUCAUGCGCACUUCUCAAGCGCAUCAACAACCGCAUCAAGAUACUAUCCGAGAGCCAGAGGAAGCGCGUGAAAUGCAUGAUCAAGGGCAAGGUGGACAAGACCGACACAGGCCGUCCAUUUCUUUACGACAUUGUCUCCAACUCCAAGAAUGGCAUCGACGCCGACAAAUUUGACUAUCUGUCGCGUGACUGCCUGAUGACCCAGUCGGAACCCGCCGCAUUCAACUACAAGUCUGUCAUUGAAGCAUCACGCAUCGAAAAUGGCGAGAUCUGCUAUGCGGCCAAGUAUGCUCCCUGCUUGCAUCAAUUGGUGAGACACCGAUUCAACAUGUAUGCCAUGGUCUACACAUGCUGGACUACGCGGGCGGUCGAGUUGAUGGUUCAACACGCCAUCUACCUGGCCGAAGACGGCCUUCAUCUCAUUGAAUGCGCAAGAAACAGAGACGUCGAUGCUUUUCUGUCCUACACCGACGGCAUCAUUCCGGAAAUCAAGAGACGCCGCAACGAGGACGAAUUCAAGCAUGCGGCCAUCAUCCUCGAUCGCAUCGACACACGGGACCUUUACAAGUUUGUUGGCGUCAUCAUCAAGCCGAACAACUACGAAGGUGAUCUUGAAGCCGACGUCAAAAGGCACUUGCAAGAAAAAGGCCUGGGCGAAGUGGCGAUGACUAACAAGAGACAAUUUGACUAUGGCAUGGGCAAGUCGAACCCCAUGGAAAAGAUCCCGUUCUACUCACACGAGAACAAGUUGUCAACUCUUGGGAACUACAAUCUGGACAUUGACCGUGUAAUGCCCACGGUGUGCCGCCAAGAGGAAAUCGGCAUAUUCUCGAUUCUGAACGAAAGCACCGCCAACAUUGAUAUGGCCAUGCAAGAGUGGAGGAAUGGAGACGCACGCUAUGAAUCGUACUACAACGCCCACAACUGA